AUGGCGGCGCCCGGCGGGGAGGCGGCGGGUGGCUUUGCGGCCUGGCUGGCGGUGCGGCUGGAGGCGCUGGGCCUCGACCGCGCCGUUUACGGUGCCUAUAUCCAGGGGCUGCUCCGCGAGGAGGAGAGCGACGAGGAGCGGCUGGAGGCGCUGCGCGGUGUCCUAGCCGCCUGCCUGGAAGAAGAUCUCUUAAACGAUGUUUGCAGGGAAGUAGUCGAGAAGUGGUCUGAAUCUCAGAUUGUUGACGCCAAAGAGAAAAAAGAAGAUGAGAUCCAAGCUAUCGCCAGCAUGAUGGAGAAGCAGGCCAAGAUUGUGGUGAAGCCAAAGGAGGUCUCCCAGGAAGAGAAGCAAAGGAAAGCUGCGCUCCUGGCCCAGUAUGCCAACGUGACGGACGAGGAGGAUGGCGAGGAUGAACAGGAUGGAUCAGUUGCGACAGCAGUAAAUAUUGGAUCGGAAAAAUCGCUGUUCCGAAAUACAAACGUGGAGGAUGUCUUGAAUGCCAGGAAGCUGGAACGGGAGCUGCUGCGAGAUGAGUUCCAGAAGAAAAAAGAGCAAGAUAAACUCCAGCGAGAGAAAGAUAAGCUAGCCAAGCAGGAGCGGAAGGAGAAGGAGAAGAAAAGAACACAGAAAGGCGAGCGGAAGCGAUAGCUGGGGUUUUCCAGUUGGACUUUCAAGGAGUAAAAUUAAUUACGAAUAUGGUGUGUGUUUAAAAAGCAGCAGAAAUUCUGGGCACGUGGCUGGCGAGUGGCUCUUUGGAAGCAUUUCCUUUUUUUUUUUUUCUUUUUUUUUUACAUAGCAACAAAGAAAUUUCGAGCACCUCUUAAACUCGAUGUGUGCCAUGUGCUUGUGGUGUCAAAUGUCCCAGUUGGUUAUUGUGGCCAAUGUCUGUACCAAAGAACGGUGAAGUGAUUCUGUCCGUGUUUUAAAUUGAUUGAUUUUUACUUCUAACCACUUCAAGCAAAGCAAAACAAGAUGUAGGAGAGGGCUUCCAAGCUGGCCGCGUCCUCCUGCCGGCCUCAAUUUGCAGCAACAGCGUGUUAGGAUUUGAGAACAGAGCAGAGCCCCUUUCUGACCUGUAAUUAAGGACAUGCUGCUGCAGGGCCAAUGUGAAUUUAUUUACACUAGCCUUGAAAAAUGUAUUUGCAAAUACAUGUAUUUAUGCUGCCAAGAACAAUGCUACGUCUUCAUUCUGGCUGAGCUGAGAGAGCAGGGUUUGGAGCUGACCUCAGCAAGGGUAAGUGCUGUUCUGCAGCAAGAGAAAGGAAACAUUAUGAAAUAUAUAUGAGUUGCAGCUAUGAGACUGCAUCACCCACAGGCUCUUGGUAAGAGAAACACUGCGCUGAUUUGAGCGUCAGCCAGGGAGGUAGCAAGUCGGUCAAGCCCUUACACUGUUUUAAGCCUUCACGCUGGUAGCUGGAAAAUGGUGCUCCCUGAUUUUUCGUGUGGGUGAACGUCGACUGUUAUUUCUACGGUUGCCAGGGCGAAUGCUUUAACGCAGGCUCAGCGCUGAGUGGCUGUGAGUGAAGUUGGGUGUGCUGGGUUUACAAGCUGGUUGCUCCCACCAGGCACAGCUGUAAUCGGGAGCUGCCUGUGGGGGCUGAACGCUUCCCUUGUCCCCGAAGGGCUUGUUACCUGCUGUUUCCAGCCUUUUUUGUGAUGGUGUCACCCGCCUAUGGAGAGGAGAACACUAAUUUCUGUAAACUGAGCGUGAAGGAGGCCCUGCAGCACUUUCAGGGGCAUGGGAGGAGCCGGUGUGCCUCACCCCUGUGCUGCUCCGUGCUCUGGCCGCUGUGUUCGCUGGCGAGGAGUGCUCCUGGCAGCAGGCAGCUCCCGAGCUGCUGACGGUACCUGUCCCCAUCGCCUGCUUUCAGCACCGGUCUGAUUAAAGGGUCAUGCCUCCUGUUUAGCUGCUGCAAGUGUGAGUAUCUAACUGCUUUAUCUUUGGACUUGAAUAAUAAAACUGGUUG